AUGAACUUUGUCAAGAUUUUGUGGAUUGGACUUUCGUACCUCGUGGCUAUCUGGACUAUCUGUGUGGCAGUGCCGCUUCUAAGUCAUGAAGGUUUGUGGUACUGUUCUGUCAGAUAUGACCUGUUUACAAGGAACGUUGCCUCCGCCUUAGCGAUGAAUCACGCUCAAUUCAAUUCAGAGACGCGUUUGAUGUCAACAAGUUUUUGAUUCGAUUCAUUGCAAAGGGCAGGGCUAGACUUAAAUUUGUUAUCUUCAUGCUUAAUUAGCCUCUAGGCAGUAGCUAACUGUGAAUCUGUCUGGCAUGUCAAAGAGAAUUAAAUUAGUGAUUGAAAGAAGCGAUUACUCAAUCCUGUUCUAAAUGUCGUUUCACUUAAAGGUCCAGCUUAAAGAUAAAUAUAGAAAGGCAUUCUGUCCCAUGCAAGUGUUGCAUAAAAAAACAGAGUUUUCAAACUUUAGACGGUGUGUCUGUGUCUGAUUCAUCAAAAACCUCUUCCUGUGUCUCUUUCUGUACGUUUUGUACUAAAUUGUCUACUAAAGAUCACAACAAGGCAUCCAUGAGACACGCGUCCCUUUGCAAAAGUUAAUCCCCUGCUAGAUGCUUGACUUAGUUAUACCACAGCUUUAAUGAAUCCUAUAUAACUACAAAAUUUUAUUCUCAUGUUGACAACGAAUGUAUAUGCAAUUGAUUAUAUUUAAAAAGCAUUCGAUUGCUUGUAUCUAAAUUUCCAGCGCAAUGUGCUCUGUUCCAAACCGGUUUCGUUGGACUAAAUCGAUCAAAAUGCAUGCUGUAUUCUGUAGAUACUGUCGUGGCAACAUAAAUUGAGCAAAAUCCUACCUAAUCGUACUGAAAACGAAGUUUUGUCUGAAUUUUUUUUUUAUUAACCUAUGGGAUGUUUUAAUUUGCUUUCUUUAUUUCUGAAAAAAAGUCUGUCUAAAAUCCCCAAGGGUAGCUACCUGCAUUGAAGCAGUCAGCAGUCUGAAUAUUUUUGCACUAUACUUAUACCGUUUAUGGAUCCUUUAUAUUUUUUCGAAUAUAUCAAUAAAAGUAUCAAAUAUGAAAAAAAAAAUGUUUUCACAUUGUACAGUACGCCGUGAGAAAUGUUUUUUAAACUCGAAGUAACAGUAAACUAACUAGACCGCUUGUGUCAUAUCACAGGGCCGAUUCAAGAGCGGAUCACCUCCCAUCGCCAGUUUUCAUUUUGAUGUGAAAUCGUAUUUAACUUCUUUUCGAGACAUAAUUCACUUUUGACUAGAAAUCCUUUUUCGUUGGUGUUCAAAGUUUCUGAGUUUUACAGUAAUGUUUUGGUCAUAUGAUGUAUAUUCAUCUACAGAUGAUGACUUUAGAACAAUUCCCCUUAUCAGGCCUCAAGGCGUGCUGAAUCCAAAGCUGAAGACAGAGGUGCGGCGAUUAAUGGUGGGUUGGUUAUAGUUACUACAGAUGUAAACAUUGUUAGUCAAAUUUUGUCACCACUGAAUUUUUUCAUUUUGUUCCUUUGCAUGGGACUCUAAAGCCACCAGCCGCCGAGUAUGAUGGAAUCCAAACUCCUCUUCAUUAAACUUUCAGGGCUAUUGUAAUUACUAAAAGUUAUGAAAACAUACCACCACAGAGAAAGUGUUUUGUCGUCUGACAAAUAAUGUAACCAUAACUCUUUUUUUUUUUUUUUACAAAAUUACGAUCAACUUUCAAAAAGAUGAAAUAAGAUAAAGUAAUUUAGCUUAAAUAUGUCGCUACCUCUGGCUGUGAUCCUGAGGCAGAAAAGAGAUAUAUUUAUUUGUUUAUUAAUUAAAUACUUGCUUUUCUUUGGGCUGAUAUAUAUGAUCCCAUCUUGUUUCAAAGAUUACUGUGCAGAAGCGUCAACAAUAGAACACCUGUUCGAGAAGAAAGCCGAGGUAAAUUGCCUCUUAGGUUUUGCUAUAUAAUUUAGUAGCCGCCUCUGAAGCAAAACAACAUGGUGUGUAUAUAGUACUUCAGUGGAGAGACAAUAUAUUUUAUAAAUUGUUAAAUAUCUGAUAUCUCUCAGAUUUAUCUAUUUAUUUUUGAAGCAACUGCAUCGCAAGACACUUUGAACAGGAUCUAUUGAGCACGAAACGAAUUUAAUUUGUUUAAAGCGAAAAAAAAUAUUAAAACUGAUGAAAUGAAGAAACGGUAAAACGGACAACAAACGUUUGUUCGUAUAGACGUCAGGAAGUCCCAACUUCAGGUGUCUCACAGGAAUCAAUACUGGGUCCCCUCAUCUUUACAUAUACGUGGCAGACCAGCAAGAGACCCCCCAAUGUCCGUCUCACAAAUAUGCAGAUGAUACAACCUUCUUUCUGUAUCGAUUCUCUUAAUUAAGGGUGUAACUUGGAUGAUUGUGCUUCGGAAUUCUCUCCUUGAGGGCUAUUUGGCUGAUUACAAUUAUACUCUUAACGCGUCGAAGCCUAAGUGGAUGUUACUAUCUACAAAGCACAUGUCUCGAUUGCAUAGUUUGGAAUACAUCCCAUAAAAGAGUGUUUUUCAGUUAUUCUGCAAAACAAGUUGUACGGUUUUUUGCCAGUUUAUUUUUACGCCGAUACAAUGCUUACAAGAUUUUAAGGAGAGUCUGGACCCUCUUGACUGUCCUGGCAAAAGCCCCCUGCUAAACGCUGAGUACGGCUUCCAGCGUCGGUAAUUUUGCUUGAUAUUUUUGCGUGGAAGAGUAACAAAAAAAACAUAAAAGAAAUGUUAAUGUAUCUGAAAGCUUUGUACUUUUCCUUUUGAACAGUGUUACAAUGGAAAUCUGACAAGCUCACAAAGUGGCUAUACAAUUCCCUAA